AUGGAAAUUCAUAUAAACUUGGCUCGCCCCAAAGACCCCAUCGAUCUUUCAUCUGCGAGAUUUCCGACCACCACGAAGCAGAGGUUAAUGGAUGGCGAGACGCCAUAUUUUCCUGAAGAAAUCAUCAGAGGAAUUCUCAUACGACUUCCGGUGAAAUCCCUAAUCAGAUUUCAAUGCGUCUCCAAAAAUUGGAAAAAUCUCAUCAAGCGUCCAUCUUUCGUCGAUGAUCACCUCCGUCGCUCUACUCAUCAAUACCCUUCACUUCUUCUUUGGAGAUAUCCUCAUCCAUACCCUCCUUCAGUUCUUCCUUGCAGACAGAAUGGAACUUCAAGACCUUUGCAGCUACGUUUGAUGGAUUCUGAGAUGCAUGUUCGUGAACUUCAAAUCCCACCUUCACUACUCGAUUCCAAGUUGAACGUUAAGAUCGUCGGUUCCUGUAAUGGUUUGGUUUGUGCUGAAAUCAAUCAGUACUACGAUAGAUCUGCCUCACGCAAUUUCCGCAAAUCCAUUUUGUUGUGGAAUCCUGCCACUGGAGAGGUUAAACAAAUCCCUAGAACCAGAACUUAUGAAACUACUGAGUGGGAUUGCAUUGGAUUUGGGUUUAGCCCAAUUGUUAAUGAUUAUAAGAUAGUGCAAAUACAUGUACCAUCCAUUAUGGUAGCCCGAUUGAAGUCUAUUCCUUAA